AUGUUAUAUUUCAUCGUGGCGCUUCUUGAUAAGUGGGUCGCUUUGAUCGACGGUCGCCAUGUUCUCGGUCUCGGUUCAUCCUCAAUCUCCUUGAGAAUCCCCGUGGGCUUUGGGCUAGCCUAUUAUCUGAUCGGGGCGGUCUUACUUGAUUUCAAUGCUACUAAGCUGCACGAACUGGCUGGUACUGGUGAUCAAGAGAUCGUAUCGUCUGAUGCUGAUAUCGCAAACGCCAUGAAGAUGAAGUUGCAGAAUCGUAAGCUGCUAUAUUGGAAGACACUUUCUCGAUACUUGCUGUGGCAUAUAUGGGGUCUAGCUGUAACAUCGAUCCUAAUCUGGUUGUUUGCCAAGAAGAAGGAAGAGUCAAUCUAUUUUCUAAGCUAUGUAGGAGCCUACACCGAUCUCGCUUGGCCAAAGCCUUUGAAGUGUAUUUUAUUAAAGGGAUAUCUUUACGCAGGUCUUUUGUGGUUCCAGUACACAAAAAUAUUUUGCGGACCCCAUGCUCUGAAGCCUCUGUUAAUUGGUGUCUGUGUUGGCUUACCUCUCGGGUUUAUACUCGAACAUGAAGCACCAGAUUUCAAAUACUCAGAUGUAGUCGCUCUUGCAUCAGCAACUUGGACUGUAGCGAUUCUCUCAUUAUUUGCCGGAAAAAUCAUUGGGAAAUUUGAGGAUCACAUCCCGCUCAUCACCAAAGGAUCAUAUGACGAAUAUUCUGGCCCAGGUGUCGAUCAAUCCUGGUCCCAACCAGAACUCAAAGGCUUUUACCACCAAUUGGAGGGGCUCCCAAGAGCAGAGAAAAUGCACAUUGAGCCCCAGUCAGCAUCUGGUCACCAAGUUUCUCGGCUCUUAAACCGAUGUGGCGAUUCAAAACUCACCGACCUUGCACAGCGAGCCUUCCCGGAGGCGGAACAUCUACUUCGUCUCAGUGGCAAGCUUUUCAACGAGGGUAAAGUCAAGAUUGAAUUAGUCUCCAUUGAACACUUCUCUAAGUAUGACCAUGCAAUGAGAGCGGUAAGCCACACUGGAAAUACCUCAGUUAGUCUUUUGGUUGGGUGCAAGACCAAAUGUAUUUCUACGGGUCGGGAUCACCCCCCUGGCUUCUACCAAGAGGUAGUAGAACUUCUUGUUCAGGUUACUGCUGAACAAUAUUUGGGCUACAAGACUCGCGAUGCUCUUCUUGCACAAACUCUGAUACUUAACAACGCAGGGUGGAGAGAGAACUCUGGUUGUUCAAGUGCCUUAGAACGCCAACUGAAGAUCAACUCCAAACUAGGAAAUACUCCUGAGCUACUAAGUGUUCUCCAAAAACAGUUGCUGAAAGACCUAUGCCUUGGAGUUGACCCGGACCUUGAAUGGGAAGCGCUCCCUUCAGAGAUGCGGCACUAUCUCAUCGAUCGGUGCGUAGGGAUUUCAACUUCAGUCCUAGAAGAGCAGAAACCAAUAUUUAUGGAAAAACUCAACAUUUCAUCGGGAGUUAGACUGGAAACACACAUUGCUCGCUGCAAUUAUGCAGCAUUUGCAACUGCGGUCUCACUCGCGCGUGCAACUUCAUGGGCCACUAGAGACCCCCCAAGCAAAUCGCACGAACUUGCUAGAGUUGCUUCAUUGCCGGUUCUUCCUGUAAUUGACCUGCAUGAAAAUACCGCUACUCCUCCGAAAUAUUCGACUUAUGAGAAGCUUCGCAUGUACACUGGGAAGCUGUACCACUACUUGGGAAAACUUUGCAAAUUCUUUUCUAUUGCCUUUGUGGCAGAUCCAGAGUAUCAAAGGGAGGUCAGAUAUGGAUUCCCGGGCGCGUCUCAUCCGGGUAAUUAUUUGUUCCACAAGCGUACAAAGUUGGCCGCAGUGUGGAAGAAUAUCCGCGGUGUCCAAGUUACUAUCAAACGACGUCGAGUUUUGAUCCGUAAUCUGGACGGUGUCUACACAGGCUUCAUCCACCCAAUUGACAAAGACAGCUUUAAGCUCAUCCAGUAUCGCGGUGAUCAUACCAUAGAGCCAAGCACCAAGAUGGACUCAUACGCGGUCAACAUAUAUUCAACUACCAUGACUCUGCAGCGCCGCGUGGAAAUAUCUGGCGGAGAUACGGUAAAUGAUUACAUCUACGAUUAUAGAGACUCUGAUGUGGCAGCACAGACGCGGCUCUCUAGGACCGACCUUCUCAACACUCCAAUCACCAGAAAGGCGAUCGCUGGCAAAAAUGCGCUACAGUCUAUCAGCUAUAAUUCGAGAGGGCAGAUCGACUCUGGCUCCUACUUCAAAGACGACAACCUCAUACGAUUCCAGUAUCACUACCAAAAGGGCCCGAAGCAUUCUGGGGCACUGUUACGCGCCGUGUUUGUACUUCCGCAUUUGAGCUGUACUGUUUCAUGGUGUGCGCCUCCACGACGAAAACCAGAAAAGCUCGAAACUUGGGUCCCACAUUCACAAGUCACAGAAGCAACCUUUGUUGUUGAUAGAGAUGUCUGGGAAAGCAAGUAUUUUUACGACCAUAAAUUCCACCCCAUAAUUGUCACCACACUGAAUGGACAACCCGUGGAUACACCUCCACUAAUUCUAUAUGAUCAUCUGGAUGUUUUGAAGAGGCCCAAACAUGUUUCUAUCCUGGACGACAACCCACUCUUCGGUUUUAGUACCAUUGACUUCAAUCCACUCGCUCGUUUCCUUGGACGCUCAACUCGACAAUACCCCGUCUCAACUACGCAAACCCGUUCCUGGCUUUGGAAGGCCUGGAAGGAAGAUCGCACAUUUGACGGUGUAGUAGUACGUUGGCUUGAUGAGCGCUUGCUUCGUCGUGACCCAAUUCUCCGUCCGUAUUGGAGAAAGCGUGACAUUGGCAACUUGAAAGCUGCCGAAGACUAUCUUGACCAAAAUAGAGAUGCGGUUAUGGCAAGCGUAGACCUUGACAACAGCAUAUCCAGCAUGACCCCGCUUUCUAUCAAAAUCAAUGACAUGUAUAGCUUUGGCCAAGGUGGAGAUUCCGUCAGCAGGACCCGAUCGAAUAUUACUACUCAAGAGGAAGACGAAACGCAGCUCCAUGUCAUCGCCGUCGAUACAGGAACAUGGCCAAACGAGGGUGGUGGCGUCUCAGCCUGCCGCAGUGAUGUGGUCAACAAUUUACGUACGAUUAAAUGGCACAUGGUCGCCGAAUCCGCCAACGAUUUCGGGCUCCCCAAGCGCCAAAUCGAGCGCAACGUGCACUCCUUAAAGAUCAUCCCUCUCUGGGGCCUCGAUUUGAUGACACCCACCCACGGUCUCUUCAAUAACAAGCUCGAUUCAGAGGUGGAGCACAUAACCACGCAUGCCACACUCCUUGAAAUUGAGCGUGCCUUUGUUCCUAUCUUGGAGGCGAUGAUCAAAGGGGCUCGAGCAAUCGAAUUGUCAGUGGCCGAUAUCAAGCAACUUACAAGGUCACUUGUGAAUCUAAACUCAUACUUCAAGGAAACAAAGCAUUGGAGCGAAACGUGGAGGAGUGAAGUGGUGAAGGCUGCAUGGAGACGGCUAUGGCUUUCCCAAACUACAACAAAUGCCCGGCCUUCAUCGGAAUGGCUGAAGACAGAGCAUCCAACACUAGGACAGCUUGAUCAAGGACUAGAGCUCUGGUCUCGGUAUCUAUUUAUCUUCGCUAUCCCACUCCCGGACAAGAUGCCCGCCGUUUUUCAAGCAUCUCAUCACAGCGUUAGUGCUUCGUAUGGUGUUAUAUGCAAAAUCAAGCGGGGCUGUACCCUCCAGAUAUGGGACCAUGCUAUUAGCUGGAGAGAAACGAACUUGUAUCUUUCUUCAGCGCUCUGUCCACUCUCACCAUUUGUCAGGAACUCGCUACUUGGCUUGAUGAGAAUGACUUCAGUCCUAACUUUGCAUCAUGCGGACACGAUUUUGCCAUGUGCUGAUUUCUUUAACCCGAAUUGGGAGCUUGAAAUUGGCACUUGCCAAGGAAGGAUUGAGCAUCGCGCAGCGUUCAAGAGAAAGAUAGAUCCUGUCGUGAAUGGCAUUACGGAUAUGCAGCGCUUUGUUCCAGUAAAAGAGAUCAAGACCACAAUACCAACUGUUACAAUGCUAUCGCAUGUAUGGUACGCCAAAGAUAUUAAGACUGCGCUGCUUUCUGCAGACAUAAUCGUUAAUAAAUGGGGCUUUAGAGACUUCAGAUUGGACAUUUAUGGUACUAUUGACAAAGCACCUUCAUACACGACACAGUGCCAAGAAAUUAUCGCUACAAAGUCCCUACGGCACCAAGUCAAGCUUCAAGGAGAAGCGGACCCCCUCAAAGUUCUCGAGAACACCUGGGUAUUCCUCAACUCCUCCGUCUCCGAAGGCCUCCCCCUCGCCCUUGGUGAAGCAGCCCUGACCGGUGCCCCAGUCGUCUGUACUGAUGUUGGCGCCUCCCUCCGCGUCCUCACCAAUCCCUCUGACGGUGCUUGCUAUAGCGCAGUCGUAGCACCCAACGAUGCGCUCGCCAUGGCCCGCGCCCAAAUCAAGCUUCUGGCACUACUAGACGAAUGGGCGCAAUACUCCGACCAUGCUCAAGAAACCAAAGAUGCCUCAUUCCCGGAAGAGCCGACACCUGAAGAUGUAGCGCGGAUUACGAAACGUAUGUAUGAGCAGCAGGAUGCUCGGAGAGCGCUAGGGAUGCGCACUAGGGCUAUUGUGCAGAAAUCCUUUAGUGGGGAUAGGUAUCUGAGGGAGCAUGAACAGAUGCUGUGGAUUGGGAAGGCGAAGAAGGAUAUGGCUUAUUCCAGGACAUCUGGCCAUUCUUCUACACCUAUGGAGCCGAUUUCCAAGCAGAUUCGAAUACCUGACACGCUGACGCCGAGCCUGGUUAUGCCGCCUCCUAUUUACCCGAAGCGGGCAUCGGCUGAGGAUUCGGCGGUACCAAGUUUGGCGUUUGGAAAUACGAGUUGUGUGCCCAGUCUCAUGACAGAUAGUAUUCCUAGUCGGGCGAGCACGAUUACGAGCUUGGAGGUUGGCGCAAGGAUAGAGAAGCCGUUGCAAUCCGCCGUCGGCGUUCCUGGAAAAGUAUUGCGGCGGGAGAUGAGGACAAUUAAUGUUGUUAGCGUUGGUGAUGAUAUUGUGUGA